AUUUUUCUCAACGGCUUUGUUUUCUGCUUUGCAAUGCCUUACAAGUUCAAACAUGGAGAGGAUUCGUAUCAACUCGAUAGUUGCUCUCAGUUGAGCAGACCUUGAGAAUUCUUAUAUCGGCAAGUCCGCCAGAAAGCUGUACAAGUCAUCCGAUGCCUCUACCAACUGUACAGACGAGGGUGGACGGCCCGAUGAUGCCUGUCUCUCGACAGUCAACGAGGAGGAGGCAUUCAUCCAAUUCUUUGGAAGGACAAAGGGGCAGCUUGCAGACCACGAAAGAGACUCUUCAUGGUGACCUUAGCGUCCGGGAUCGAAUCCAUCACUUCACACUGGCAUGGUUCACAUGUACAAUGUCAACAGGAGGAAUUGCUCUGCUUCUUUCCCAAACACCUCACCGAUUUCAUGGACUCCAAGCUAUCGGUGACAUUGUGCUCAUCCUCGACAUUGUCCUUUUCCUCCUCUUUUGUUCCUUGUUGGCCGCUCGCUUCACACUGUUCCCGCAGACCAUGAGAAGCUGCCUCACACACCCAACGGAAUCACUAUUCAUUCCCACUUUCUGGAUCUCAAUCGUCAAUAUUUUCUCAAAUAUCCAACAAUACGGUGUCCCUCACACCGGCUACUGGCUCGUCGUCACGCUUCGAGUUCUAUUUUGGCUCUAUGCAGCCCUCACUCUCUGCAUAGCAACCGGCCAAUACUACUUCCUCUUCACCGGCAAGCCUCUCACAGUACAAAACAUGACACCUCAAUGGAUCCUUCCCAUCUUCCCCAUCAUGCUCUGCGGCACCCUGGCGUCUCUAAUCUCGCCCUCCCAACCAUCAUCCCAAGCUCUGCCCAUCCUCAUAGCAGGGAUCUCAUUUCAGGGUCUGGGAAUGCUCAUAGCAGUAUUUAUGUACGGCCCCUACAUCUCCCGAUUGAUGACAUCUGGCCUCCCCAACCCGAACACACGCCCCGGAAUGUUCAUUGCUGUUGGGCCGCCCUCUUUCACCGGCCUCGCCCUGCUGGGAAUCUCGAACGACUUGGGGAGAAUAUACCCCUCCUACACCAGCAUAUCAGGAGUCUCCGAUCCAGCUAUUAUUCCAGACGUGUUCCGCAUCCUUGCCGUCGCGGUGGCUGUCUUCCUCUGGGCUACAGCUUUCUGGUUUUUCUCUAUCAGUCUGGUUAGUACGCUUGCCGGAGCACUGGGGAUGCAAGGCAUGAGUUUUCAUCUUGUGUGGUGGUCUUUUGGUAAGCUAUAUUCUCAUCCCAUUCUGUUGUUUUCUGCUAUUACCUCUGAGAGCUCAGAUCCCGGGAGCUCUAUAGGAGCCUGCCUACAUAUUAGUGUUGGGAGCUCGGCUCCUCAGCUUCUGAACUCUCCCUUGAGAUUCAGGAAAGCCUAUACUAAUUCGAUAGUUUUUCCUAACGUUGGUUUCACAAUUGUCACGAUUGAAUUGGGAUCAGCACUCAUGAGUGAGGGUGUUUUAUGGCUGGGGAGUGUGAUGACUGUGUUGCUUGUAGUGAUUUGGCUUUUUGUUGGGGGUAUGCAUAUAAGAGCGGUGUUGAAGGGGGAUAUUUUGUGGCCUGGGAAGGAUGAGGAUCACGACCAGUGAGGUGAGAAGGGUGAGAGGUGGCUGGACAAGGCUGGGUCGUUGACCAUCAGCUGCAGGCUGCAGCAGGACUUGACAACGCGUGCAUAUGUGUAACCUCACUUCAGAGUCACAUGGCAACGCGUACUAAAGUGUGACGCGUCU